GUUCCUUUAGCAAAUUUGUAGGAAGGGCAAAUUGAAAUUAAAAAAAAAAUCCCCAAAUUUGAGUGUAUUUGUUUACUCAGUGGUGGGAUCUUUCAGGCUUCUACGGCAGGAGCCAAUUUGACUUUUGGAGAGAAAGAAAGAGGAGAGGAGAAGAGGAGGAGGAAAAAUGGCGAGGAAAAAUCAAGCCUUUGCCUUGAUUGCUAGGAUAUUACAGAAUUUUCCUUCCUAAUUUCCCCCUCCUUUCGCCCCUCUUUUAAUGGCCUUGGUUUGAGUUUCUGGGUAUUCCAGCGCAGAUCGGAUUCUUCAAUUCCCUUCAACAAUGGAUUCCUCUUCCAAUGUUUCUCUUGAUUGCUGAUAGCCCUUUUCAGCUCCCCUCUCCCUCUUUAAUGGGUUGCAGGAAAUUCACUCUCUUCUUAACUUUCCCCAACCACUUUUUCGAAUCCAGUCCUUCGGCCGCCGCCGUGCAGACGGCGGAGUUGUAACGAAUCGCCGACGUUUGAGAACAGAAAAGAAGAAGAAGGAGGAGGAACCACGGAAGAGAAGGCAGAAGAAGAAUCGGCGAUGGAGGAAACGAAUUCCUCCUGGCUACGGCGGACGAAAUACUCCCACACGGUUUGCCAUCGCUUCGAAACGUCGCAGCUGGCGUCGUACCGUUUCGACGUCGAGCAAGAGCAGCAGCAGCGGCAGCAGCUGCGGGGGACGAGGUCGUUUAAUGGGUUAGCGUCUUCCGUGGAGAAAUCGAUUUCCGCUUUCGACCAGAAAUUAGUUUCCAAGCCCAAUCGGGAUUCUAAUCGGCGUGAUUCCGUUUCUGGUGCUAUUUCGAUUUCUCCCCCUUCCCCUCUUUCCCCUCCGGCGUUAAAUCGCCGGGUUUACUCCCAGAUUCAGCGCAAUCCGGUGAUGAACAAGCAGAGAUCUAUGUCGCCGGUGCCUCAGACCUCCGUCCCGGAUUCGUUCAAGGAAGCUAAGUCAGACAAGAAGCGGUAUUCAACCCCCCACCCUAGGCGGAGGAAAGAUCAUCACGAGAGUAAAGGAAUCAUGGGGAAAUUGUGGCAUCACAACCACAAGCCGCACCAGCAAUCUCACGAAUCCAAGUCCGUCGAAUCGAAAUCGGUCGUCGAAUUGAGCAAGAACGAUGACAACAACAACAACGCGAGCCCAAUUCGGCACCUGAAUUCGGUCAAGGGGAAGCAAUCGGCUUGGACGAAGUUCUUUGACCACGCCGGAGGGAGAGUCAACGCGGUGGAAGCUGCAGAUGAAUUCAGCGUCGACAUGUCGAAGCUUUUCUUGGGUCUGAAAUUUGCUCACGGAGCUCAUAGCAGGUUGUACCAUGGGUUGUACAACGAUGAGCCUGUUGCGGUGAAGAUGAUCAGGGAACCAGAUGAUGACGAAAAUGGAGCACUAGCUGUUCGAUUGAAGAGCCAGUUCGAUAGGGAGGUCUGCCUCUUGUCCAGGCUCCGCCAUCCUAAUGUGAUUAGGUUUGUGGCAGCUUGCAAGAAGCCUCCGGUCUACUGUGUUAUAACCGAGUAUCUACCUGAGGGAUCGUUGAGAGCAUACUUGCACAAGCUAGAGGAGAAGUCUCUGCCUAUGGAAAAGAUAAUAGGUUUUGCAUUGGACAUUGCUCGAGGGAUGGAGUACAUUCACUCUCGUGGUGUAAUCCAUCGUGAUCUAAAGCCGGAGAACAUUCUGAUCGACGAGGAUUUCCAUUUGAAGAUUGCUGAUUUCGGUAUAGCUUGCGAGGAGGCUUACUGUGAUAUGUUGGUUGAUGAUCCGGGUACAUAUAGAUGGAUGGCGCCCGAGAUGAUCAAGAAGAAAUCCUAUGGUCGAAAGGUCGAUGUGUACGGAUUCGGGUUGAUGCUCUGGGAAAUGGUUGCUGGAACAAUUCCAUAUGAGGAGAUGAAUCCCAUUCAGGCUGCUUUUGCGGUGGUUAACAAGAACUUGAGGCCGGUGAUUUCGGCGGACUGCCCUCCGGCAAUGAAAGCCUUGAUUGAGCAAUGCUGGAGCUUGCAGCCAGAGAAGAGGCCGGAGUUUUGGCAGAUCGUGAGGGUGUUGGAGCAGUUCGAGACGUCGUUGGCUCGGGAUGGGAAUCUGAACUUGGUCCUGAACCCAAGUUGCCAUGAUCACAAGAAGGGGCUUCUCCACUUGAUUCAAAAGCAAAAGCUUGGCCCUGUGCAUCCUAAUAGUUGCCCAACGCCCAAACCUAAGUUCAUGUGAAUGAAUGAAUCCCUCUCUCUUGUGUUUCAAUGUCUCGGCUUGUGUUUUUUGGUAGUGGGCUUGGGUUACUUGUAAUUAGAAAAACAAAGGAAUGAAGAAGGAAACAGGAAAUGACAUGUUUUUUGUCUCCUCUCUUCGACUCCAUUUGUGCAAUCCACAUUGAUAUGGGAAUUUGAAUGAAUUUUUUUGGUUUGCUUGUUGCCAUAUCUCCAAAGCUAUACAAUCUUUGCCUAUCUUUUAGUUUGUUUUGUCUCGUAGCAGAGCAACCCAUAACACCAAUAUUGUCGUUUCCUAUUAGAUUUUGUGAUUCCAUUAUACAUGGAAGGAGAGUUUGUCGGCCGAGACAAAUCAAUUGCAACCAUAUGACUAUAAUAUACCAGACAAGAGAGUUUGUUUUGCUU